GAGAGAGUGAAAGUACAGCAGAUCUCUCAGAGCUGUGGUCUCCCUUCACUCUCACCUGAGCCAGGAACAGUUUGUCCGCAAAGAUGAUCAGAGCAGUGCUGUCCCUCCUCCUGGUCCUGGGGGCCAUUUCCUCCGCCUUUGCCGCCGGUGACAAAAAAUACAUCCCCAAGUCCGGAAGGAGGAUCCCCCAGACCCUGUCUCGAGGCUGGGGUGAUCAGCUGAUCUGGGCUCAGACGUAUGAGGAGGCUCUAUACUGGUCCAGGUCCAGGAACAAACCUCUGCUGGUCGUUUUUCACCUGGAAGAUUGUCCUCACAGCCAAGCAAUGAAGAAAGUCAUUGCCAACAGCUUCGAGAUCCAGAAGAUCCUCGAUGAAGAAUUCAUCGUCCUCAACCUGGUGUACGAAACCACAGAUAAAAACCUGACGCCAGACGGACAGUACGUCCCCAGAUUCCUGUUUGUUGACCCCUCCAUGACCGUGAGGGCUGAUAUUGUUGGUCCGUAUGGUAACCGCUUGUACGCCUACGAACCCCAAGACCUGGAUGCCUUGAAAAAGAGCAUGGAGAAGGCGAAGAAGCUGCUGAAGGUCGAGCUGUGAUUGGACGGAGGAGCGGAGGAAAACAUGCUGUCGGUUCGUACCCCGCAGCACGAAGCACUGGAACGUUUCACAUCUUCGUCCUUACCAUGAAUUUCUUUGUUAAUGUUACUGUUCAUCCAAAAUGUCUUUUCAAUAAAUAUGGAACUCUUCAAACA